AUGCCACCCUCCGAUGCUCCAAAUCAGACACCACUAUAUCGCAUUAACGUGGAACUCGAUCUGAAUCCAUUUCUCCCCGUUUCAUAUGUGACCAAGAUCAUACGGUAUGGUGUCAAUCCUCCCGAAAGUCUCGUCGCAGAGUUUGCAAUCGCAUUGAAUAACAAGCGGGCGGUGUUGAGGAUGGGAGAUACGUCUACACGGCUGUCGAAUGUUUUGUACAGCGUCCACAAGUCUCCAAAACACUUCAACUGGAUUCUCGCACAUCAAUUGCAUUGGGACUGCCGUGAGGUUUUGAGAGAUGGAUCACCAUUAUGUAUCGACCCGUCUCUCCCCGCAGAUUCGUCUUCCAAUCAAAGUAUUAAGAUCGCACAAUUCAUUCCACCACCCCCAGACAGAUCACCUCCUCACCCCGAUGCGACUCUGACCGUCUACCCAACUGGCCAUCAAAUCAUGGAUGAAAUCAUUGUCUCGGCACUGGUCGUCGAGCGAAUGCUUACUAGAUAA